AUGUGGGCUGUGUUCCUGCCCCGUGAGGUGUCCAUCGAUCAGGCCGCGCAGAAGGCCGCGGAUCGCCGCUGGGAGGUCAAAGACUGGAGCGACAACACCGCCAUCGGUCCUACGGAGCGAACGGGCAAAGCACCGGAGUUGAUGAAGGAGGAAGGCAAGAUCUUCGACAUUAACGAGCUCGAUGGUACGGCCCAGUGGCGCAUGAAGAACUACGGCACGGCUCACUUCAGAGGUGGCGAGAACUACAUGAGCAAGGAAGAGAAGAAAGGCGUGAAGGGCAAGAAAGGCAAAGGAAAAGGCAAGAAGGGCAAGGGCAAGGGCAAAGGCAAAGGAAAAGGGAAGAAGCGAAAGAAGGGCGAUGACGACGACGAGGAUGACGAGGGCGACUAUGAGGAGGGCGAUGAGGGGGGAGAGUGGGAAGACGAUGGCGACGGCGACAUCACGGGAGAUGAGAAAGAUGAUGGCGAAGCCGGUGGCGGCUGA